UUGCCAACAACCACUCAAUCCAAACAAUAAUAUUAUCUUCUUCUCCUCAUCCCGGAAACUCCACCGUUAAACUUUCCACCACCAUGUCGCCACCGCUUCUCCAAACACACACAUCACCCACCCUCUCUCUCUCGUUCUCCUCCCACAUCCAACCCGACCCGACCCACUCCUUCCUCACAUCCAGAUUCUCCCACCUCUCAAUCUCCAACCCACCACCAUCCACCACCAUCCGCAUGGGCGGCGGCCCACGAACCUACCCCGGCGGCGUAUCCAAGUGGCAGUGGAAACGUAUGCAAAACAAGAAAGCCAAACAACUCCUGAGAGCCCGUCUGGCCCGUGAACGCCAGAUUUACGAGAUGCGUAAACGGGCCGAACUAAACGCCGCCGUUUCAGAGCUCGAACGGCCCUGGGAAAUUGUCGAAAAAGCCCCUAAGUUAUUUUCAGUUUCUGCUGAUGAGCAGGUUAAGGUUUUAGCAGACCGGUUUCAGAAGCCUGGUGGGUUUGAUUUGUGGUCUGAGAAAGAUGGGCCCCAGUUGUUUCAAAGUGUUGAGGGUGUGACGUCAGCUAGGUUUUUCCCUAAAGGUGUUGUUCAUAGUGUUAAACCUUAUGGGCGAGUUAAGGAGUUGGAUCAGGGUUUAAGUAAUGAGGAUGUGGAAUCUGGGGAAUUGGAUGAUGGGAGGAGAGAUCGGAUACGGUACGAUUCGGGUGCGAAGGUGUUCGAUAUGAAUUUGCAAGAGGAUGGGAGUUAUGGGGUUUCGAAGAAGGAAACGGAGAGUGCGAAGGUUAGAAGGAGACCGGAGAGGAAAUGAGAAGGCUUUGGUUGUGGUAAAGUGAACUAGAUUUUAGUCUUGUUAUGUUACUAGUGCAUUUGUACAUGAAACGUUUGUUAUAUCUAUAUAUCUAUUGAGUAUGUAUUGUCUGCGCAUGGUCUGUGCGGCGCAGACAGAAGAGCCUGCGCAUAUCUUUUUUAAGAAAAACAAGCACCACCUAUCUGUUUUUGCCAA